GAAUCUGGGCGGCAAGGUCUCAGUGGCUCCUGUUGCCCUUUCCCGCGGCUGAACCUGGGAGCCAUGGUGAACUCGGGCCUCUCCGGAGCCGCCGCCGCCGCCGCUGCUGCCGCCACCGCCGUUACCGUCUCUCAAGAGUGAGGGGCGAAAAGGAGGUGAGCCAGGAGGCGGCGGCCGGAACUGUGGGGACAGCAGUCACCAUGUCGGAUACGCGGCGGCGAGUGAAGGUCUAUACCCUGAACGAAGACCGGCAAUGGGACGACCGAGGGACCGGGCACGUCUCCUCUACCUAUGUGGAGGAGCUCAAGGGGAUGUCGCUGCUGGUUCGGGCAGAGUCCGACGGAUCACUACUCUUGGAAUCAAAGAUAAAUCCAAAUACUGCAUAUCAAAAACAGCAGGAUACAUUAAUUGUUUGGUCAGAAGCUGAAAACUAUGAUCUGGCACUAAGUUUCCAGGAAAAAGCUGGCUGUGAUGAAAUCUGGGAAAAAAUUUGUCAGGUUCAAGGUAAGGAUCCAUCAGUGGAAGUCACACAGGACCUUAUUGAUGAAUCAGAAGAAGAACGAUUUGAAGAAAUGCCUGAAACUAGUCAUCUGAUUGACCUACCCACAUGUGAACUCAAUAAACUUGAAGAGAUUGCUGACUUGGUUACCUCAGUUCUCUCCUCACCUAUCCGUAGGGAAAAGCUGGCUCUGGCCUUGGAAAAUGAAGGCUAUAUUAAAAAACUACUGCAGCUAUUCCAAGCUUGUGAGAACCUGGAAAACACUGAAGGCUUACACCAUUUGUAUGAAAUUAUUAGAGGAAUCUUAUUCCUAAAUAAGGCAACUCUGUUUGAGGUUAUGUUUUCUGAUGAGUGUAUCAUGGAUGUCGUGGGAUGUCUUGAAUAUGACCCUGCUUUGGCUCAGCCAAAAAGGCACCGAGAAUUCUUGACCAAAACUGCAAAGUUUAAGGAAGUUAUACCAAUAACAGACUCUGAACUGAGGCAAAAAAUACAUCAGACUUACAGGGUACAGUACAUUCAGGACAUCAUUUUGCCUACACCAUCAGUUUUUGAAGAGAAUUUUCUUUCUACUCUUACGUCUUUUAUUUUCUUCAACAAAGUUGAAAUAGUCAGCAUGUUGCAGGAAGAUGAAAAAUUUUUGUCUGAAGUUUUUGCACAAUUAACAGAUGAGGCCACAGAUGAUGAUAAACGACGUGAAUUGGUUAAUUUUUUCAAGGAAUUUUGUGCGUUUUCUCAGACAUUACAACCUCAAAACAGAGACGCAUUUUUCAAAACUCUGGCAAAGUUGGGGAUUCUUCCUGCUCUUGAAAUUGUAAUGGGCAUGGACGAUUUGCAAGUCAGGUCGGCUGCAACAGAUAUAUUUUCUUAUCUAGUAGAGUUUAGUCCAUCCAUGGUCCGAGAAUUUGUAAUGCAAGAAGCCCAGCAGAGUGAUGACGAUAUCCUUCUUAUUAAUGUCGUAAUUGAACAAAUGAUCUGUGACACUGAUCCUGAGCUAGGAGGUGCUGUUCAGUUAAUGGGACUUCUUCGUACUCUAAUUGAUCCAGAGAACAUGUUGGCUACAACCAAUAAAACUGAAAAAAGUGAAUUUCUAAAUUUCUUCUACAACCAUUGUAUGCAUGUCCUCACAGCACCACUUUUGACCAAUACUUCAGAAGACAGACGUGAAAAGGAUAAUAUAGUUGGAUCUAACAAAAGCAGCACGAUUUGUCCUGAUAAUUACCAAACAGCACAGCUGCUUGCCUUAAUUUUAGAACUACUCACAUUUUGUGUGGAACAUCACACGUAUCACAUAAAAAACUAUAUUAUGAACAAGGACUUGCUAAGAAGAGUCUUGGUCUUGAUGAAUUCAAAGCACACUUUCCUGGCCUUGUGUGCUCUUCGUUUUAUGAGGCGAAUAAUUGGCCUAAAAGAUGAAUUUUACAAUCGUUACAUCACCAAGGGAAAUCUUUUUGAGCCAGUUGUAAAUGCUCUUCUGGAUAAUGGAACUCGGUACAAUCUGUUGAACUCAGCUGUUAUUGAGUUAUUUGAAUUUAUAAGAGUGGAAGAUAUCAAGUCUCUUACUGCACAUAUAGUUGAAAACUUUUAUAAAGCACUUGAAUCGAUUGAAUAUGUUCAGACAUUCAAAGGAUUGAAGACUAAAUAUGAGCAAGAAAAAGACAGACAAAAUCAGAAACUGAACAGUGUACCAUCUAUAUUACGUAGUAACAGAUUUCGCAGAGAUGCAAAGGCCUUGGAAGAGGAUGAAGAAAUGUGGUUUAAUGAAGAUGAUGAGGAGGAAGGAAAAACAGUUGUGGCACCAGUGGAAAAAUCUAAGACAGAAGAUGAUUUUCCAGAUAGUUAUGAAAAAUUCAUGGAGACUAAAAAAGCAAAGGAAAGUGAAGAUAAGGAAAACCUUCCAAAAAGGACAUCUUCUGGUGGCUUCAAAUUUACUUUCUCCCACUCCACCAGUGCUGCUAAUGGAACAAACAGCACAAACAGCAAAUCUGGAGUGGCUCAGACACCACCAGCAAGUUCUAAUGGAUCCUCUUCCAAAACCACCAACUUGGCCACAUCUGUAACAGCCAGCAAGGGAAGUUUGGUUGGUUUAGUGGAUUAUCCAGAUGAUGAAGAGGAAGAGGAAGAGGAAGAAACGUCUCCCAGGAAAAGACCUCGUCUUGGCUCAUAAAAUAUUUACUGGGGGCCCUCAACAUGUGGUUGAACAAAAAUGCUGCAACUGUUCAAUGAGCUGAAAAUCUGAAUCAGAAAGCUUUCUCACUUGAACUUAUAAGUAUACAAGGAAUAGCAAAAGACACUCAGUAUAUGAGUUUGGAGAGUUUAGUUCUGUAAAAAAAACACAAAAACAGGCUUCCCAGGAACUUGAUCGCUUGCUAGUAAUUAAGAGAUUUGCCCUUCAGGAUGUUAAAAAAAAAAAAAAGUUAGUAACCUGGGAGGUAGCUUCUCAGCAAGGAAACUCUCAGGUUUGGGGAUGGUUUAGGGAAGGGAUAACAUUGGUAAGGUAUUGUUAAUGCAGGGUUGCUCCAGGGGGGUUUCUGAUCUAGAAACAGUUACAAAACUUCAGUUGCAAACCCAAUAACAUUACUUGUAUAAUGGUGCUGGCCAUGUUGUUCUUUUAAUCAGUUGCCUCUCACUUUCAUGGAAAACAUUCAACUAUCAUUAAAAAAUGAAGUUAAGCAGUUGGGACCAUUUCUUUGAAGAUCUAACAGAAAUUCAGCCUUAUUGGUAGUUGGAGGGAAAUAACACCCCGUGUUACCGCACAUGUUGAGUUUUCUCCAUCAGGAAAUUUCAGUGUGUAUUUUGAUGAAAACUGGAUUAAAAAUGGACGGUUUUGUUACUAUAAGUUUAAAAUCAGCACUUUUAGAGAUAACAGAUGCCAAGAAUCAGUACAGUAGUAUUCCAAAGUGGUUUUCUCUAGAAACGGGAGUAUAUUGAACAGAAUGUUUUCAACUGUCUACCAGUACAAUCUUUUGUGGAAGAUACUUUAAAGUCACUUUCUACUUCAUUAGUAAAGUUUUCUCUGCAAAGCUGCAGGCAAGUUUUAAGGUGUAAUUUAUAAAGACUAACAUACAAAGAAUAGUGCUGAAUUAAGUGGCAUUUAAUACCUACAGGUCAUUUUGGUCCAAGAAGUUACUUCAGUGUCAGUCAGUAUGCAGCACCUGAAGCUUUUCCAUAAAAAAGGGUGUAAUAUGAAAGCUGCUUUUUUUUUUUUUAAAGAAUAAAAGCACAUUCCAUGUACGAAAAUGAAUUUAAAAUAAUAAACUGAGGCAAACAGUUAAGAGGUUUUAUUUUUAGAACAGUGAGUUAACUAAAUAUUUUAAUGUUAGUUUGCUGAUCUGAGAUCAUGCUGAAGUGAGAAAAACAUCCCCCAAACUAUAAUACAUUAGGGGGAAAAAAAAGACUAAAAUUAGUAAUUCCAGCUACAGUCUUCAGAUCACUGUUGUAAUGUGUUAUGGGUCCAUUUUUCCUGGAAUAGCUUUAACUGAAGCAGUUUCCCCUGUUUUGGAGAUUUUGUAGUUAAUUUUAAUUUUGGCUAUUGUUUGGAGGAUGGGCUGUUGUGUAGAUAUGAAGUAUAGUUUUUCCAUAAAACAGAUGUUUAUUUUGUAUUAAAAAUACCACUGUACUUGUUUUACACCAUUUGUAUACAUGUGGUGAUAUUAAUGCUGACCUGUAAAAUUCAGGAAUUAAAAUGUGACCCUGUAAUUCUA